CCCACGUGUGCGGUGAGCCCAGGGCUGCAGGAUGUAGAGAUGGGGGCUCGCGUGAGCCGCGCCUUCAGGAACUUCAACCUGGAGAACCGAAACGAGCGGGAGAUCAGCAAGAUGAAGCCCUCCACGGCUCCCAAGCACCCUUCCACCCGCAUCCUCCUGCAGGAGCAGCUGAGUCAGCAUCCAGAAAUCAAAGAAGAAGUUUCUAGGAAAGAUAACAAGCUGUUGUCAUUACUAAAAGAUACGUAUGUCGAUUCCAAAGAUCCAGUGUCGUCCUUGCCGGUAAAAGAUGCUGAAGUACAGUGGCAAGAACCGAAGGAGUUCAGGCUGCCUAUCGGACAGCAGUUCGAUAAGAAUGUCAUGGACAUUCCCAAAGGCAAAGUUUCUGUUGUAGAAGCAUUGACACUUCUCAAUAACCAUAAACUUUCUUCAGAAACAUGGACUGCCGAGAAAAUUGCCCAGGAGUACCAUUUAGAACUAAAAGAUGUAAAUUCCCUUCUCAAAUAUUUUGUUACUUUUGAAGUCAAAAUCUUCCCUCCGGAAGACAAGAAAAUCCCGGCGGUGGCAGGCAGCAGAAACGCUUCAGGUUCUGAAGCAGUGGUAGCAGACCAUGUGGUGGCAGCAUGGCCUAAAGUGAACCCAUUUUCCUGCAGUGGUGCCUUAGCCAGUGACUAA